AUGGAAAUAGAGCUGAGAGAUGGGAACAUAAAAAAGGAAAGUGUAAGUAGGCCUUAUCCAUUUCCACCCAAAUUAGCAGCUUCCAUAAAAUGGUUACCAGUUACUCGGGAGCUGAGCUUCCAAAAAUUUAUUGAACAAUCUGACUUACUAGAAGAACUUAAAUAUGACUUCAAUGAAAAAGCUGAAUUGAGACACACUGAGACACAAAGGCCUUUUGUUUUUAACUAUUAUAAAAAUGUCUUUGAGAGGAACAGCAAGCGCUACCAGGCCCUUGGCUAUUUGCUUGAACAAUAUAUUUAUGAGCUUUUGGAGAAAGUAUGCAAAUUACAAAAAGUAUAUAUCCCACCAGAGGCUGAUAAAGAACCAAAAAGCUUCUUUUUCAUGAGUGAGAGAGCAUUAACAAGUCAUCGUUCUGUUCUUCUUGUUCUUCUUCAAGACCAAGGAGUCUUUAGAGCUGGUCAGUGGAGUCAGCAGGCAAUAAUACAUCAUGGUCUCCAACAUGGAAGUCAGAUACCAUGUAUUCAAAUGGCAUUGCAGGCACAUUAUGAUGUAAUUGUGCUAAACCCCAAUGACAAUUUCAUCGACCUAAACAUGGAAGAAGAGCAGAAAGGCCUUUUAACACAAACUAAGGGGUCAUCUUCCCUAAAAAUGGUUCCAGCAGAGAACUUUUUAUCUGUCCAGCAACCUCUCCAGUGCACCCCUAAAAGAUGCAGCAACACUCCUGAAGAACACAUGGCUUACAUUUGGGAUUACUUCAUUUCAAAGACUGAAGGCAAGGAUGUUGCCUUCAUUGUACAUGGUUACGGAGGCUUGGUUUUUAUGGACUUACUUGUUCGUAAAAAGUGGGAAGUGAUGAACAAAGUAUAUGCUGUUGCCUUUAUUGACUCUGAACAUCAUGUAGGACACCAGCUGGGAAGUGAUGUUCAGUUAUUGGCCUGGAUAAAGCACCACUGCCGUGAAUGGGUGACAAGCCCUAAGCCUUUGGAUAAACCUGCAGCUACUGUUUUAAAACAGGAGUUUCCUAUGGUUUCUGCUGGUACAGAAAAACACAACUUAGCCCCUUCCUCUAGCCUUCAGUCAAUUUUUAAAUACUUUAAAAAAGCUUUGAAAGCCAAAACAACUAUUAAUUUUUCUCGAGUGCCAAUAGUAACUAGAAGCUCCACAAAAAGAAAGCAAAUUGCUUAACUUACUUUUUUGUCACCUAAGAUUUUUUUUGUCCCACUGAAAUGCUGUGAAUGUAGAUGCUAGAAGAAAAAGAAUACUCUGCAGUAUUAUGUUAUGAAAAGAAUAUACACAGUGUUAUAUUCUGGCUUGAGGUUUGAUUUGUUACUUUUUUUGAAAAGUGAAUAUGUUCUUUUUUUUAGCCUAUUGAUGAGCUGGGCAUCAGUCAACGCCAUCAUUAAUAUUUUACAGUAUUAGUCAAGUUAGAGGAUCUUUUGAAAACCUCUCUUAUGUUUUAAUAGAAUGACACCAAAACUGCAGUUGAUAGAAAUUAAACACUAAGUCAGUCUUCAGUUUCUAUGUUGUUAAUGCCAUACUAAAAUUAUAAGUGAACAUAAAAAUGAUUAUAA